UCCAGCUGCGGCCGCACUGAGUUUAUUAACAACAUAGAAAACAACAAAUUUAUUAGCAAAAUGGUUAGCAGAAAUAUAGAAAGCACGAGUAAGGUGCACACUUUCCAUGUCAUCCGCGAGGUCUACGACAGUUCCAAUGCCCAUGAAAGAUUCGAGGCGGAACUGGACAAGGCGCUGGAAGCCAAGGUGGACUUCAUCAUCAUAGAGCCGCCUCGCUUGGGCGACGAAACUGGUCGCUGGAUUUGGGUGGGCAACUGCCUGCACAAGACGGCGGUGGCCACUGGAGUGGUUUCCCUGGUGGCCAGCUUGCUCUGGCGGGAUCGCCCCAUCAUUGCAGCACCCGCUUGUGCACUCUCCAUAUUUUGCACAGGACUCUACACGGUCUCUUGGAACUAUGAUCCUUGCUGUCAGUAUCAGGUAGAAAAUAAUGACACUGUGUUGGAGAAACUCCCGCUGACAGAUGUCUCCUCGCCUGUGAUUUUGGGCUACUCGUCCAACUCAAAAACCAAAUACUUGCACCGUGGCGUAUCCUUCCUCUCGGCUGCCCUGUGCGCCUGGCAGAUUUGGCGGUCCUACAAGUAGGGGAUUCGAUGGAGCUCCUAAUAUGGCCAGCAGCUGGAUUAGGCCUGUCCCCUGCGGAGGCGUAAUACCUAAUAAGUUUAGUUUAAGCAAAUAGGCGAAUGCAUUUCUUUUAGAUUUUCGAACGAUUUUAACACAAUGUACUGUCUUUCGUGAAAGUUUUAAAUGUUCCCAAGUCCCAGGCGACGUCUCUGACCAGUGUGUCCAUGUUUAGUGUUUCCGUGGCUGCCACUUGGACUGGCCAGCAUGCUCAUAACUUAUUACGGUUCCCAAGCCUAAACUAGUCUUAAGGGAGGAGCAGCCUCUGCACUGUAAAUUAAGCAAAGCCAACCACUGUGUAUAAAGCAAAACCCAUUUAUGAUUGUUAUUAGAGUCUAGUUGAAGAUAUCAGAAAGCGAAAGUCAAAUAAACGCGAUGCGAAUGUUA